AGUAUUCUCUUAGGUUUAGUUCUGAAAGGUCUUUUUGCCCUUGAUCCAUUUAUAAAUGAUACAAGCAUUUUAAUAACUCAAGAAAUCUUAAAAUUCUAAAUACAUUUCUUAGAGUUAAUGACAAGACUCCUGAGACUCUCAAUUCUGAUUUGGAAACUCAGUGAAGACACUGUUUCUCUCACUGUGUUGUUUGAAGCCCAUGGCUUAUUCACGGGGAACCCUAAGUGACAUUUUUAUGAUAGUCCUUGAACAUAAAGAUAAAAAAGGCACACUCACACACGUAUCCGUAAACUACUGCAAAAUAUAUACCUGAAAGCAGAAGUACACUAGAGUUUGCAGUGAGUAUCCCCCUAACACUUCCUCUCCACUAUUCCAAACUUUGGGUCCAUGAUUGCUCAACAACUUGUUUGGCUUCGUAUGUUAACUCUCUUUUCAGUCACCAGGUUCCAGAUGUCAUCAGGAUGCCGGCCAGGCUUCCCUGGACUGAAGACCCCACCAAUGUGUCCUGGAGCUCAGCUUCCCCAGAGACCCACCCUACUAGGGAAAGAGAGAGGCAGACUGGGAGUAUGGACCGACCAGUCAACGCCCAUGUUCAGCCGGGAAGCAAUUACAGAAGCCAGACCUUCUACCUUCUGCAACCCACAAUGACCCUGGGUCCAUGCUCCCAGAGGGAUAGAGAAUGGGAAAGCUAUCAGGGGAGGGGGUGGGAUAUGGAGAAUGGGUGGUGGGAAUUGUGUGGAGUUGUACCCCUCCUACCCUAUGGUUUUGUUAAUUAAUCCUUUCUUAAAUAAAAAAAAAAAAAAGGCAUACUCAGGAUGGACCUGGAUCAGGUAGUUGCCCGCCAGAGACCAUCUUUGAGCUUAAUCUAUGUUUCCUCUGUCUUGGUGACUAGCAAGUGAGGCAAGACUUCUGGAACUAUGACGAUGCCCUUAAACCGCACAGGUGUCAGCCACACCAUCUUCCGCUUGCUGGGGAUCCCUGGGUUCCAGGACCUGCAUCUGUGGAUCUCUCUUCCCUUCUUCAUUUCCUACAUUAUCUCCCUGCUUGGGAAUGGCCUGCUCCUCUUCAUCAUCCUCUCACGGCGCAGCCUCCACGAGCCCAUGUAUCUCUUCAUCUCCAUGUUGUCUGGAGCUGACAUUUUUCUCUCCACAUGCAUUGUCCCUCAGGCCUUGGCCAUCUUCUGGUUCCAAGCUGGGGAGAUCUCCCUGGAUCGCUGCCUAACUCAGAUCAUUUUUAUCUCUGCAACAUUCAUCUCCGAGUCAGGGAUCUUGCUGGUGAUGGCCUUUGACCGCUACAUCGCCAUCUGCUCCCCACUGAGAUACACUGCUAUUCUCACACACGCACUCAUUGGGAAAAUCGGGGUGGCCAUCUUUCUGAGAAGUUAUUGUACUGUGUUGCCUGUGAUAUAUCUUUUGAAAAGACUGACUUUCUGUAAAAGUAACAUCCUUCCAAACACCGCUUGCAAGGACAUCAUGUUAGCCCACCUCUCCUGUAACGACAUCCGAAUAAACAUCUGGUAUGGCUUCUUUAUCCUCAUGUUAACGUUGGUCUUAGACAUUGUGCUAAUUUUUAUCUCCUAUCUGUUUAUUCUCCGUGCCGUCUUCCGCAUCCCCUCCCGAGACGCUCGAGCAAAAACCCUCAACACCUGCGGCUCCCACAUCUGUGUCAUUCUUCAUUUCUACGGGCCGGGGAUCUUCUCAAUCCUCACUCAGCGUUUUGGCCGCCACGUCGCACUCAGCGUUCAGGUCGUGCUGGGCAACGUGUACAUUCUCAUCCCGCCCAUGUUAAACCCCGUCAUCUAUGGCGUUAAGACCAAACAGAUCCGGGAACAGCUGGUCCAUUUGUUAAUUCCAAAGCACAAGUGA